AUGGCACCCGUAGGCAUCUCAAACCUGUUCCCGUAUCAGCAGAUCGUCCUGGGCAUCUCUCUGCUCUCGAUCAUCCUCGUUUCGCCCGCACACCUCAAGUCGGGCAAUACGGGAAUCACAAUCCUCAUCUUCUGGAUCUUUGGCUGGACCUUCUUCCUCUUUAUCAACUCGAUUAUCUGGAGAGGCAACGUUCGGGUUCUUCAUGGCUACUGCGACGUCGCAGCGGCAUUCUUUGCCAUUACACCUCAAGGUCUCAGCUGCGCGUUCUUGUGCAUCACGAGGCAGUUGUACAGACUCUCAAAGGCUCAGGCAGUCAUUAUCACAAAGGCACAGAAACGCAGGGAUCUGUUUAUCGACCUUGCUAUCGGACUUGGGUUUCCUAUCCUGAUACUCGGUGGUCACGCGCUCAUUCAAGGACAUCGUUACGACGUUUGGGAAGACUUUGGUUGCUACGCCACGACCUACAACGUAGUGCUUGCGUACCCAUUGUACAUGAUCUGGCCGCUCAUCGCCUCGCUUGCUUCGGCCGUCUACGGAUCACUUGCACUUCAGCAAUUCUUCAAACGCCGCGAGAGCUUCGAAUCCCUCCUCAGCUCGACCAACUCUGGCAUGCAGAAGAACCGCUAUAUUCGCUUGAUGUGGCUUUGCUGCAUCGAUCUGCUCCUCGUGAUCCCGUUCCACAUCUACAACCUCAUCGACAACCUCACCAACCAAAAGGUAUUCCCGUACAAAGGUUGGGCAGAUAUUCAAGCCGACUGGUACCGCGUCGACCUCUACCGUCGCAUCAUCAUCGAUAUGCUUCCUACGGCAAAGUCUUUGGUCAUCACCUGCCUCGUCGCAAACUUCCUCAUGGUCUCGACAUUUGUCGCCCUGUUUGGCUUCACGCGCGAGACGAGCAAGAUGUACCGCAACGUAUACUACUGGUGCAUGCGUCCAUUCGGUGUCCAGCGUCCAGCACGUGUGAUGCCAGGAGCCACUACAACGUACAAGAGGACAUGGCUCGACAAGCUCUUCCGCCGUGAGGGUGUCCAACUUCGCUCGACGACGAACACGACCGGAUCGAUUCCAACGUUUGCGCAAAGCCGACCAGACAGGUCGAUUCCUUCUGCGCGCCAAUACAGUGCUACCGACACGCUCAACCUCGAGGAAGAGUACGACGAAAAGGCCGUCGCCUCGCCCUUGUCUGCGCGGAGUGUGAUCGUCGUCGACGGCAAGCGUCUGACAAUCCCAGGCCUCAAUGCCAUGGCGUCGUUUGACUCUGCUGAGAUGCACAAAGCUACCUCUGCUCCUCACUCUCCCUCUUCGACACUCUCAGGGGAGACUGCACACCAAGGACACGCCUCGUCGCGUGUCUAA